AUGCGUAAGGACCAGCAGGCCAGCGUGGCUGAAAUGCAACACGGGCUCUCUAGGCUGGUUCCGUCCGCAGAUGGCCUGUAUUUCCUCGACACUGAGAAUGGCGUCAUCUACCAGACCUUCUGUGACAUGACCUCUGGGGAUGGCGGCUGGACCCUAGUGGCCAGUGUGCACAAGAACCACAUUCCUGGGAAAUGCAUGGUAGGUGAUCGCUGGUCGAGUCCAGGCAGCAGGGCAGACUGCCCAGAGGGGGACGGCAACUGGGCCAACACGUUUGGGUCUGUAGAGGCGUCCACCAGUGAUACAAGGUUGAACCCUGGUUACUAUGACAUCCAGGCCCAGGACCUGGGCAUGUGGCAUGUGCCCAACAAGCGCCCCCUGCAGCACUGGAGGAACAGCUCCCUGCUGAGGUACCGCACCAACACUAGCUUCUUCCCGAAUCUGGGACACAAUCUGUUUGGACUCUACCGGAAAUACCCAGUGAAGUACGGAUCAGGGAGCUGUCAGACUGACAAUGGCCCAGCUAUUCCUCUGGUCUAUGACUUUGGUGAUGCUGAGAAAACUGCAUCUUACUCCUCACCAGUUGGUCAGCGUGAGUAUCUGCUUCCAAAGCCCAGUCAUCAAUCCUUCCCUGCACUCUUGGGGAAAGUGCAGGAAAGAGGAAAGAAGCGCAGGUUUUGCUCUCCCAAAAUGUCUCAGGAGAACGGGUCGCUGCUAGAGGAUGUGAAGAUAAUUCUCAUUAAUAGUCUGGUACAGCUGACAGCAGCCUUCCUGGUCAUCAGAUCCCAGCCCCUGCCCACUUCACCAGUUCAGCACUGCGCUAUGAGGCCCCAGAGGUCAGGAUCCUCUCUGCUAUGA